AUGAACCGCCGUUCGACUGCUCUCAUCGUCAUUCUCUCGCUCCUGGCUAUCUUCGUCACCAAUACGUUGGCUCAGGAUGAUGGUACACCAAUUCCGGAUGACACACCACCGGCAGCACCUGAGGGAGCUAAGGUUCCACCGCCUCUAGGUGACGAUCAAAAUGCAAAGAAACCAAGUGGUGAUAAUCCUGGAACCGAGGCCCCCUCAGAGACAGUAACAGAAGGACUGCCAGAGGGCACCUCGCCAGGCAACUCGGGAGUCACUUAUCCUGUGAUUGAGCCAUUGCCACUGCCGUGA